ACUUUAAAAUCUGUUUAUUAAAGAGUUUUUUUUUUAAAUUAUUUAAUACUGCAUGUAAUAUAUAAAGUGGUUUGUGAUUACUAUAGCGUCUUCUAAUUGUAUAUUUUCUAAAACUAUUUUGCUUUUCAGUGCGAAAAACUAAAUAUUUGUUGGCCGUGCAAGAUAUUAAACAUUUUUAAGUUUGAAGAAAACAUACACGUUAAAAAUCACAAGAUUUUAAAGAAUGAAAAAAAUCCGAUGACGAAGAUUUCGUAGAAAGCUCUGAACCGGUUUUGAAAACUAUAAUGAAAACUUACAAGCUGAGAAGUUUAAAGAAUGUCUCUUCUGUAAAGAGUUCCAGAAAACGUGUAAGAACUUCAAAAAGACUUGUAACAACUCCAAGAAACAAAAAUUGUCUAAAAAAUGUGGUGCAGAGCAAUCGUGCUGACUCGACGCCUGCAAAAUUAGUAUCAGAUAAUAUUAGUAUCGGUUCUGGUAGCAAUUUCAAUACGCCAUCUAAAAUAAACUCAGAGUUCCUCGAUACUUCUCAUUUAGGUGAUUUUGAAAUCCUAAAUAUGAAGCAUAACAUGGACGAUAUUUUGAAUUGGAAAGACAUGCAAUUUCAACCCGAUUCUACCUUGGAUUAUACUUGCCCGGAUGUAAUUCUUCGUGUCCUUGAGUCCGAAGGAGAGCAAGAGAAAGAUCCCUUGUUUGUGGAAAUUGAGAAUGAAGAUAGGAAAUCGGAGAGAAGUGUGAGCCAGUCGCCUCUCAGAAAAUCCGUUAAUAAAUCUAGUCCCCGAGAAUCAAAUAGGAAAAGGAAAGCGUCUUUUGGUAAAAAACAACCUAAGUCUGAAUACAAACUGAACAAAUCCAAUGAAGAAUUUUCUUUUGAAGAACUGUCUUCUGAAGAAGAAAUGGAUAUGGGAAUAGAGAGUAUUCUGGAAGAAUUAUAUCAUGUUGAGAAGAAAGAGAUUUUAUCUUCUCGAACAAUUGAAAAACUACAAGACUUGGAAGUGCGUUUAACACAUAAAGUUCCAGCUCAACACCAAAUCGAAAGUCAUGCUGGGUCACGAAUGCCCACGCAACUGCAGAAAAAGAAUUUCGAAAAGCACCACUCGAUUAUAAAAGGAAAGUUUUCCCAACAGGAAGACAAGCUUAUUAAGAGAAACUGGACAUCUUUUUGUAAGGUUCACGAUUGGGACGAGAAAAAUGUACAACCGUUUUUGUAUCUAAAACACCAAGGAAGAUGUCACAUUUCCAGCAUAACAGAAAGAAAGAAAUUCGUGCAGUUUCUGGCAAAUGGUCUUCCGGAUCGAACUUUAUACAGCGUGUACUUCCGGUUUAGAAGAUUGUUCGGGACAACGUCUUAUCAGACAAAAGGUCGUUUCACUGAAGACGAGGAUAAAAAAAUAAAACUCUACAUGAAAGGUGAAACAAAUUCCAAUAACAAGUGUGCUCAACUCGCUAAAAUAUUAGGCAGAACCAGACAGUCCGUUUUUUUAAGGUUUCAGCUAUUAAAGAAGACUUCGACAUUCAAACGUAAAAAAGAAGGAAAGCCAUUAAAUCGAACAGAAGUGACUUGGACUGUGGCUUUGAUUGAAGAAUUUCUUCAGCAGUUGAUGGCUGCCACUUUGAGUGAAGACGUGAAAGAAUUAAAGUAUGCAUUAAUCCCGAAAGUCGUUUGGUUAGAGAUGGAAUCCAAAAUGCACAUUGAUCAUGCGAUUCUGGCAAAUUUCUGGUUUCGACAACUGCACAUACAGUUAUUUGCACCCAGUCCUAUUUACUUAAAUGACGUGAAAAUCAAACUGAUUGAAAUACUGUACAAAAAUAAAAUUUCCCACCCGAGAGAGAUUAUUUGGACUGAUAUUUGUAUGCUUUUCGAUGGAUUAACAGCAGCUUUUCUUUGCCGGGUGUUUCACAAACUCAUGCAAUACGUUGUAAGAAAAAACAUUUCAAGGAAUUUUGUUGUAAUGCUUAAGUUCCUCCACGACGAAAUGAUUCCCCAUUUAAAAGAGCAGCCGGAGGACAAAUACUUGCCCAGCAUUUCUUUUGAGAACAAAACGAUCAGAAUGUUGGAUUACAAAUACAAGGAAGAAGAAGUGAAAAAAAGAAGAAGUGAAAGACUAAACUCUUCGACUAAAAAUAAUAUCAACCACGACGAUAACUCUGAUGUGACUUGGACGUUGCCGAUGCGGGAAAAGUUCUUAAACACUUUACUUGUCGUAACACUUUGCACGUAUGUAGACGAUUUGAAAAAUGCGAUAAUUCCCAAAGUUGUCUGGGAAGAGGUGGCAAAGAGAAUGAGCGCGGAUGAAAAAACUCUAAUUGAGCUGUGGUAUAAAGAGAUGCAUAUGCAACUAUUUUCCCCGAUUCCGAUUUACAUGAAUGAUGUUAAAAUAAAGCUGAUCGAACUGAUCUACAAGGAGCAGAUUAAGGAGCUGGAUCUAAUAAGGUGGCCUAAAGUGUGCAGAUAUUUCGAUGGAAUGACGUCGUGUUUCAUUAGCGAGGUCUUCUUCAAUCUCAUUCGUUCGGCUCAAAAGGAAAUCGAUUCAGAUCAUUUCGGUCAUAUGAUGGAAUACUUAUACAAAACAGUGAUUCCAAAAUUGAAAACCCAGCCAAAUGACAAAUACUUGCCUCGAGUAUGUAUGAAAAAUGAAAAACUCAGCAUCGUAGUUGAAGAAUUCCAGAAAUAUGACGUUUCUAAAGAGGAGAGAAAAUCAAAUAGUUCUGAAUUAUCAACCGCGAAGUCCAAGAAUGAAAAGCAUAUAAUCUGGACAGUACCGAUGCGGGAAAAGUUUAUAAAGAAAUUACUUGUGGUUACACUUUCUGAAGAUCUUCAUGAACUGAAAAGCGCGAUAAUUCCGAAAGUUCUCUGGGAUGAAAUGGAGAAGAAAAUGGAAAUGGAUCAGAAAAUCUUAAGAGAACUUUGGUACUAUGAGUUGCACAUGCAACUAUUUUGUCCAGAUCAAAUCUUCAUGAACGACAUAAAGAUAAAACUGAUCAAAUAUUUCUACCGAGAAAAUAUAACUGAACUGACAGAAAUAUUCUGGCCAAAAGUAUGCAAAUAUUUCGAUGGAUUUACUACCUUUUUCCUUUCGAAGAUCUUCUAUGAUCUGAUACGUUCGGCUGCGGAAGAAAUUGGCUGUACCGAAUUUAGUGAUAUUUUGGAAUAUUUGUACGAGAAAAAAAUACAAAGCUUGAAAGACAAAAGUUUGGACGUGACUUUACCAAGGUUAGUCUAUGAAAGAGGAUUGCUAAAAGUUAUUCACGAAAAUAUCGAACAAUAGAAUUGAAAUUGCUCAGUAUUUUUAAACUGAUAUUUCAUGUACAUAAACAUUAUUAACGAUAAUAUCAAGGAUGAUCAUUGAAUGAACUGAGUAUUUUUAAAUUGUAAUUAUAAGUAUUAUACACUAAGUACCUUAUUUUGAAAUAACGACAAAAUAUCGUAUUGCUACUUUCUUGCAAUUUUUAUUUAUAUUGUAACAAAUACUUCAAACUCUUAAGUGUGUGCAAGUUCAGGGAAUUUCUUACCAUCUAUGCAUGUACGUUCCAAAUUUUAAAGAUUGUCUACCAUAUCAUACUAAAGCUCAAAUUGAAAUUGUAGCAAAUUGAAAAAAAUCGACACAAUUCUGUAAAGUAAUUAAUACAUUGCAACAAAAAGUGGGCCAUCAAGCUCGCAUUGAUAUAGAUA